GGGCCAGCAACGGGACAACGAGACGCACGACUACCAAACACGUGGCACCAAACUUUCACAGUCAAAUGACGGGGGCAAGGCAAACGGAAGGGUCAAUCAUCUGCGCUCAUGCCACGCUGAUUUUCUCUCAUCAUCGCCUUGCCAACUGCAUUCUUAUCGAACCGGUCUAACCUCAGUCAUCAGUGCUCAACAUAUCAUCUUUGGUCAACUUGUUCCGCUCCUCUUCAGCUCACCCAUCUUUGCCGGCCACUGCAGCCAAGGGGCGACAAAGCAGAAUGAGCUUGACACAAGCAAAGAGCAUACCUCACCUUCCAGCCAUUUUCGCCCGAACGACUGGUGCCAACUGCGCUUUUUUCAACUAAGCACUACUGAUGCCCAUAGGAAGUAG